UCGUCCAAUACGGUGCGGCCAAAUCCCCAACUCCACAAACAAUUACUGGUGUUGAGGCAUUUGAAAUCAUAAUUCAGAGAAACUUACAGAAACGCAAUCUUGAAUUCUUGAUUGAUUGCCGAUUCUCCUCCUCUUCUCAAACUCUGCUUCUCUCAAUACUCUCUCUGUGGAAACCCUAACUAGCACUCGCUGACUACUUGUUUGAACGAUUAGCAGUAGCUGUAGGAAAGUGUAUCGGCCAGUAUUAAGCUAGAGACUGUAAGGAACAAUAGAGGUGAAAUGGGGACGGGCUCGGACUCCGACUCGAACCCUAACUCCAAUGGAUGGAGCCGAGCUCGAGGAUUGGUGGUGAAGACGCUGGUUGUGAUUGGUGGAGCCAUUCUGCUCAAGAGACUCACCAAGUCCACCACCCGCUGGGACCAUGCUCGAUUCGUCUCUCACUCGCUUAGCGGCGAAAAGUUUUCGAUGGAGCAAGCAUCUAGAGAUCCUGAUAAUUACUUCAACAUCAGAAUGCUUACAUGCCCUGCAGCAGAGAUGGUAGAUGGAUCAAGGGUUCUAUAUUUUGAGCAGGCAUUUUGGAGGACUCCCAAAAAGCCUUUUCGGCAGAGAUUUUAUAUGGUGAAACCUUGCCCAAAGGAGUUAAAAUGUGAUGUUGAGUUGAGUUCGUAUGCAAUUAGAGAUGCAGAAGAGUACAAAAACUUCUGUGACCGCCCAAAGGAUCAACGCCCACUUCCUGAAGAAGUUAUUAGUGACAUUGCCGAACAUUUGAUGACAAUACAUCUCAAGCGCUGUGACAGAGGAAAACGUUGCUUAUAUGAAGGCUCAACUCCACCGGGAGUAUUCCCGAAUUCAUGGAAUGGGGCAACAUACUGUACCUCAGAACUGGCAAUCGUAAAGAAUAACGAGAUACACGUUUGGGACAGGGGUUAUGACGAUGAUGGAAACCAGGUCUGGGGAGCUAAGGAAGGUCCUUAUGAGUUUAAACCUGCACCUGCUUCUUCUAAAACCAAUGACAUGUUUUCUUCACUGAAUUUCCUUCCCUCACUUUCACUGGACAAAAGAAUAGAGGGUUCGUUUGUUCUGGAAGAAUGAUUACAUGUUAUAUAUUACCAUAGCAUAUAAAAUAUUUCAACUUAUGGAACCAUGUUUCCUUAACUGUAAAUAACUUUGUUUCAGCAAUUUUACUGUGCUGACUACUGGGUAGUUGACAGUUUGUCUUAAAAGACA